AUGGCCACCUCGCGUGGCGGUGAUGAUGGCGGUGGCGGUGGUGCUGGCGAUGCAUCUGGUGGCAGUGGUGCUCCUGCAGAUCCAACAGAGGUUUGCGGCAGUUCAAACCCAUCUCAGGCUCCGCCUCUUCCACAGCCGUCGUCGCCGUCUUACUGUGUUGAGUACGCGGUGGCGAGGGCAUUCGCCAAGGCCGUGAAGGAAGAUCCAGAGGGGAGCCAUCACUACGCAUCCUCCUUCGGCGGUGUCUCGUUGUUUAUGUGGUCAGACAUAUUGAAUGAUGAAGUGUGGGAAGUCAGAUUCCAUUUCCAUGACAGAGAUAAUCUUGAAAGAAGCCUAAAUGUGGAUGAUAUCACAUUUUACAAUCUGAUUGCACUAAUAGAGCUUGAAGGUUAUGGGAUGACAGACUUUAUGUAUUAUGUUAGAGAUCCAGGUGUUGGGGUUUCAGGUAUGGAAGAACUGACAGAUGAUGAUAAGGUGGAGGAAAUGUUGGAUGACCUAGUUAUCAAAGGUCAGAAGGUGGUGAACAUAACAGUCAUCAGAAGUGAUGCUCCAAGACCUAGUGAUUUGAACAUUGGACCAGUUUGUGAGGAGCAGGUUCCAUUAUCUGAAAUAGAAAAGCAAUCAGCCCCCCACCCCUCGGGCAGAGGCGCGCUGGGCGUCGGGUUCAUGGCCUCCGCCGCGCUGCUUGGCCGGCGACGCUGGAGCGACGCGCUGGGCGGAGGCGGGGCGGAGGUGUUGGCGAGCACGGACGCGGUGGAGGAGGCGUUGGCGGCCACAGCGAAGACGGCGAUGGCGCAGAGGCUGCGGAGUCAGUACACGGUCAAUCAAGCCAGCGUGAAUAUUCACCAAAUGAAUGAACACCGCGUUUCUCCACAAGUUGUCUCCCGUAGCUUAAUAGUUCAAAUAAGACUAGCAGAAAUGGCAAAUUCGCACCUUGUUCACAGUACCAUCCUCCACAAGCUAUCUCUAGUCCUCCUCAUUUGCUCGCUCCUCGGGUACAACUGUGAAGCCAUGAGCAGGAAGGCUGAAAAGGAAGCACUUCUAAGCCUUGAGAAUUACUGGGGCAAACCGCUGAUGAUCAGCUGGAGCUACAACAUGGACGCAGACCACUUUGGUGAAAUUCCAGACACUUUAUCCAAGCUGACCCAAUUUAGAAUAUUCAAUUUGUCUUCUAACACGUUGAACGGGACAAUACCUAGUGAGAUUUGGAGAAUGCAGAAUAUGGAGGUCCUCGAUCUACACAGUAACUCUCUAUCAGGUCGCAUACCAGGCGAUUGCUGUAAGCUCGAGAAUCUGUCCCUCCUUUUAUUAGACGACAAUCAUCUCUCCGGCCCAAUACCAGAAAACCUUGUACAGUUACAAUUUCCCUUCAUCUUCCUCAAUCUCUCUAGUAACCAACUCACAGGCAAGAUUCCAUCUCCUUUCGAGAUGGGAAGAUUUCAAUGGAGCUUUCUUUCCAAUCCCAGCUUAUGUUCCUCCAACCACUUUGGAAACCUUCCUCCAUGCACCAGAUUGCACUUGAAGAUGCUUGUAAUUAUUCUCCUCGUCUUUGGUUCAGCCAUUCUCAUAUGCACAAGGCUGAUUGGUUUAACUAAGAUCAAGGCAUUUUUCUCAAAGGAAAAGGACGACGCCCCAUCUCCACAGUGGAAACUGACGGCCUUCCAAGCUAUUGAUUAUGACAUUCAAGACAUCCUUUGCAACCUCAUUGAUACAAACCUUGUUGGCAGCGGUGGCUCAGGAAAGGUAUAUAAGAUCUGCCUAGGUAACAGAAACGGCGGGGUUAUAGCUGUCAAGCAAAUAUGGUCUAGUAGUGGUGAACUGGAACAUGAUGUGCUGGAAAAGCAGUUUCAAGCUGAGAUUGAGAUUCUUGGAUCCAUCCGACACGCCAAUAUCGUAAAGUUGCUUGGCUUCAUAUCAAGCUCUGAAUCGAAGCUCCUCAUAUACGAAUACAUGGAACAUGGUAGCCUGUAUGAAUGGCUACAUCAGAAAGAUGACCCUACUAGUACAACUAGACGGUUGUUGAACUGGCCGAUAAGAAUGUCAAUAGCAAUCGAUGCAGCAAGAGGGUUGUGUUACAUGCACCACAGUUGCUCUCCUGCUAUAGCACACCGUGAUGUGAAGUCCAGCAACAUCCUACUGGGUCCUCAGUUCAAAGCAAAGAUUGCGGACUUUGGCCUAGCUCGCUCUCUACUUAAAGCUGGCGAGCCAGAGUCUGUCUCGGCUGUGGUUGGGUCCUUCGGAUACAUAGCUCCAGAGUUCGGAAGCUCGAGAAAAAUGAACGAGAAAGUUGAUGUGUACAGCUUUGGGGUUGUUCUCUUGGAGCUGGUAACAGGGAGGCGUGCAAAUGGUGGGGGCGGGUACGAGAAUUUGGCGCAAUGGGCAUGGAGGCAAUUUCAUCAAGAUGAGAGCAUCCAAUUGACAAAUGUGAUUGAUGCAGACAUACGAGAUCCAGCCUACUCGCGUGAGGUACAACUGGUGUUCAAGCUAGGGCUAAUUUGCACGGGCACAAACCCAUCAUCACGGUCGUCCAUGAAGCAGGUGCUGCAGGUCCUGCAACGCUAA